AUGGCACCACCAAAAUCUACGGCAGCGAAACCAACGUCUUCCAAUGCUUUGGGCUCGUUGCUCAAUGCGUACAUCGACACGACGCCCUCUCGGCUUAAGCUGAUCGACGCGCUCCUGCUGUUCCUGAUGCUCACUGGCAUCAUACAAUUUGCCUACUGUGUUAUCGUCACAAACUUCCCUUUCAACGCAUUUUUGGCUGGAUUCGGCAGUUGCGUAGGACAGUUCGUCCUGACGGCGUCAUUGCGAUCUCAAGUCAACCCAGCGAACAGAGGCGAGUUCAAAGAGGUGUCUCCUGAACGAGCAUUCGCAGACUUCGCUCUUGGUUCUUUAGUACUGCAUUUCUUUGUAUACAACUUCCUUGGAUGA